AUGCCCUCUUGGAAUGCUGUACUUUCAUAGGAAGAGACGAUGGAGGAGAAAGAAGUGAAUGAUGGAUCACAGGUAGCCAGAUCCCUGGAGUCACUGACAUUCCAGGACGUGACCGUGGACUUCACCAGAGAUGAGUGGGAACAGCUGUACCCUGCUCAGAAGAACCUCUACCGAGACGUGAUGCUGGAGAACUACAGGAACCUAGUGGCACUGGGGCAUCAGCUUUACAAACCAGAGGUAAUUACUCAGUUGGAGCAAGAGGAGCAGUGGAACAAAAGAGACAGCCCACUGGACGCUCAUCCAGAUGGGGAAAACAGACAUGAAAUCGAAACAACUACAGUAAGCCAGAAUGUUUCUGGUGAAAACCAAACCCAUGACACAGUAAUGAAAAGACUAACCGGAGACAGUUUCUGGUACUCCAUCCUAGGAGGACUCUGGGAUUUUGAUUAUCAGUUAGAAUUUAACCAAGAAAACCAGAGGAGACAUCUGGGACAAGUAGCUUUCACCCACCAGAAGAGGCCACAGGAGAGAGGUACUGAAUGUAAUAAAUUUGAGGAGAACUAUAACUUGAACUCAAACCUUACUCUGCAUCAGAGAAUUCCUCCAAUUAAAAUACCCUUUCAUUAUGACACACAAGGAAAGAGCAUCAAACACAAUUCAGACUUGAUUUAUUAUCCAGGGGACUAUGGAAGAGAGACUCCCUAUGGAUAUAACGAGUAUGGAAAAAUCUCCAGUCGACAUAUUCUUCUUCCUAGUCAUAUUCAUGCCAGAGAGAAACCCAACGAAUGUGGAAAGGCCUUCCACCACAACCCGCCUCUUACCCAACCUCUCAUGGUGCUUACAGGAGAGAAACCCUACAAGUGUGAUGAAUGUGGGAAAAGGUUCAGCCAGCGAAUACAUCUUAUUCAACAUGAGAGGAUCCACACUGGGGAAAAGCCUUUCACAUGCCAUGAAUGUGGGAAGGCCUUCCGCCAGCAUUCGUCCUUUACUCAGCAUCUGAGGAUUCACACUGGAGAGAAGCCCUAUAAGUGUAAUCAGUGCGGUAAAGCCUUCAGCCGAAUCACGUCUCUUACUGAACACCAUAGACUUCACACUGGAGAGAAACCUUACGAAUGUAGUUUUUGUGGAAAAGCCUUCAGCCAGAGGACACAUCUUAAUCAACAUGAAAGAACACAUACAGGAGAGAAACCCUAUAAAUGUAAUGAAUGUGGGAAAGCCUUCAGCCAGAGCGCUCACCUUAAUCAACAUAGGAAAAUCCACACCCGUGAGAAAUUAUGUGAAUAUAAAUGUGAGAAAAUCUUCCUAAGCCACAGUCCUUCAUUUAGUGGCACAUAA